GCAAUGUCCUAUGCAGUUCGAUUUUGUUGGAACAAUGCAAUAAUUCGUUUACACGAAGAAUUUUGUGGCCAACAAACGACUCAUCGGCUUAAGUGGAGGGCGAUUGUGUAAAAAAAUACAAGAUCUCAGUUGAGCAGCUGUGAAUCGCGAGAUUCUAAUGUCCAUACAGACACAGGCGAUUGAUGGUCAUAAUAUCAACACAAGCAUGUCAAAUAUAAUCAACACUGCUAGCUUUGGAAGGUGAAUAUUGAUUUGGCCGGGUUGGUAUGGACGGUAAACAUUCAGCUUUGCCGGAGUCACAGGAGGAGCUCGAGGAUCAUACAGAUGAUAAACCUUUCAAGCAGGUCAAGAAACCCUACAGUGGAAAGCGGCCCUUCCGCUGUGAAGUUUGUGGCAAAGAAUUUCGCUCGAAGUAUAAUCUGCAGCGACACGGUAAUACUCAUACAGCCGGGCGCACGUACCAUUGUGAAAUAUGUGGCAAACUACAAAUCCGGCAUAAUCUCAUUGACGGUAACGAGCAGCCGCAUAAGUGCGAGGUUUGUGGUGAAAAGUUCCCCCAGAAACAUCAGCUACAAUGUCACGUUACCACUCACAAUAUCGAACGAUCGCAUAAGUGUCAAAUAUGUGGAAAACAAUUUUCCCAAAAGCGCAACGUGCAGCGACAUGCUACCAUCCAUACUGACAUGCGGCCGUAUAAAUGUGUAAUUUGUGACAAAGCAUUCAGACUGCAAAGUAAUUUGAAGGCACACGAAUUGAUUCACAGUAGCGAACGGUCGUAUAAAUGUGGAAUAUGUGGCAAAGAAUUUCAUCUGAAGCAUAGCCUGCAGCAACACGUUAUCAUACACACUGGAGAACGGCGGUAUAAAUGUGAAAUAUGUGAUUUAGCGUUCAUGCAGAGUAGUGCCUUGUCCGCACACAAAUUAAUUCACAGUAGAAAACGAAUUCAUCGAUGCGUGAUAUGCAGCAAAGAAUUCAUUAAGAAGCAUGCCCUGCAGGAACACAUUACCAUGCACACUAGCGAACGGCGCUAUCAUUGUGAUAUAUGUGGUAAAGAAUUUAACCAAAGUAGUGGUUUGACUACGCACAAGCUCACUCACAACAGUGAACGGUUGCACAAAUGUGAAGUUUGUGGCAAAGAAUUCCUUCGGAACUGUUACCUACAACGGCACAUAGCGACUCACACUGGUGGACGGCCGUACAAGUGUGAUAUUUGUGGCAAAGAAUUCACCCAGCCAAGCAGUUUGAAAACACACAAACUCGUUCACGGUAGUGAACGGCCACAUAAGUGCGACGUUUGUGGUGAAGGAUUCUUCCGCAAAUAUCUCUUGAAGCAACACGUUUCCUCUCAUACUUUGGGUCGGCCAUAUAAAUGUGAAAUAUGCGACAAAGCGUUCACCAUACAGGACAACUUGACCGCACACAAAUUAAUUCACGGUAGCGAAAGAGUGUAUGAAUGUAAGCUAUGUGACAAAGUAUUCCUUCAAAAGCGAUACCUGCAACGUCACAGUAAGACCCACACUCGCAAACACACUGACGGUAGUGAACAUCCGCACGAGAGUGAGGUGUUUGAUGAGAAUUUCGUUCAAAAGUGUCAUUUGGAGGAACACGACAUUACCCACAUCGAUAAUGUGAAAUAUGAAGUAAAGGAUUCUCCCAGCGGGGUAAGUUAACCUUACACAAACGUAUUCACCGGAUUCCAAUCAUAAUGGUCUAACUGUACUAUGGGAUCUCAUAAAUAUGAGACUGAAUUGCGAUUAUAGGCAGUAUAUCGUUAACAAGUGAAUGCAUAGUGGCAGCCGUCCGUAUAGGGGUGUUAUCUGUGUCACGAAUGAAUUGACCCGAUUAUAAAAGUAUUAAAGAUAAAAAUGUAAUUGUAAAUUUUAUAAUGAAAAUAAAUAGGAGUC